AUGGGAGAGGAACCAACGGAGAGAAAGUUUCCACCAAUUUUUCUCACUCGCUCUCUUUCGUCCCAACCAACAAUUUUACCCCCCAACUUCACUACUGACCAAUUUGUCGCUGGAGCCCCGGAAUGGGCUUUAUCGCUGGUUGGCUACUCCAUCGGGAAACGCCCUUUCUAUGAAGCCCUUCUAGCGACGAUCAAAAAGACAUGGCAGCUCAAAGGAGAACUUUCCCUCCUCACCAUGGACGACGGUUUCUUCUUGCUCAAGUUUACCGCACUUGAAGACUAUGAGCAUGCAUGGACAGGGGGCCCUUGGUUUUUCUUCAGGAAGCCAUUCAUUCUGCAGAAAUGGAGUCCAGACUUUGUUCCUAAGCGCGAGGAAUUUCCUUCCAUACCUCUCUCGGUUAAAAUCUUAAACUUGCCGCUUUCUCUUUGGACACCGGAAGGUAUUUCUAAACUUGCUAGUUGCAUUGGUAUCCCUAUAGCUGUAGAUGCUCUUACAGCGGCUAAAACCCGUCUCACAUUCGCGCGUGUAUGUGUGCAAGUUACUAGCUCUUCCCCUUUACCUGAAGAAAUCUUCUACUCUGUUGAUGGCAAAGUCACCCCGCUUCGUGUGGCCUACGACUGGAAACCUGAACAUUGCUCACAGUGCGGUUCUAUUAUGCACCCCCCCACUCUCUGCCCUAAAGACCCCAUUUUGAAAACUACUGUCAACACCCAGCCCAGGGGACGUAGCUCCAGUAGGAAACCCAGACCAUCUCCUCCGCCCAGACUCAAUAUUCCAAAACCCACACAGCCUCUCAAGGUGAACAGCUUGGUCACCACUCUCAUACCCACUCAAAUUCUCACUAACAAUAACACUGUUGGCCCAAUUCUUCCUAACUUGAAUUCACCCUCUGGUGAAGUGCAGGAAAAUCCCGAACCCUCAUUCAAAACCAAAGACCCCCCACCCAUAAACACAGCCAAUAAAUUCCAAACUUUAAUCGACCUUGAUAAAUCUGAUUAG